UUUGUUAUUAUUUGUGUUUUGUACUUUGACUAUCAUAUUAUUUUGUUGUAGUUAUUGGCCUGGUACUAUCAAUUAUUUUUGUUACUGUCUGUAAUUUCCUCUACUCCUAUUACUUCUUUUUAUAGACUGCUUUGGAUUGCUUUUGCCGUUGAACUGAGGGUCUAGCGGAAACAGCCUUUGGGUUCUGUGUACACUCUACCCUCCCCGCACCCUACACUGUGGGACUAUACAGGGUAUGUUGCUGUUGUGUUUUGUCGAUCGACACGAAAGCGAAAGUCCAGAAUAGAGAGAAUGUGUUCUUUACUAUGGUAACAUCCAGACUCUGAAUGCCGCUGAUCUUGACGGCUACAGCUCUGAUGCUUGGUUACUUUCUCCUCCUUGUCAGCCGUACACUCGACAAGAAAGGUUCUAGUGAUGCACGCGCAUCAUCAUUUCUUAAAAUUCUGGAACUUGUACCACAGUUAUUGCAGCCUCCAUCAUAUCUUUUUGUGGAAAAUGUUGUAGGAUUUGAGACUUCUGAUACCCAUGCGAUAUUGGUUGAAAUAUUGGAAAAGAAUAAUUUUGUUACACAAGAAUUUAUUUUGAGUCCGCUGCAAUUUGGACUGCCAUAUUCUCGGCCUCGUUAUUAUUGCUUGGGCUUUGAUGCAGUGGUAAGAGGAAAAACGCGUAAUGUAUUAGGUGCAUGUCAAAGGUUCGAACAUUGUGGCAGACGAAAGUCUUUAAGCAGAGAAAAGUAGAGAGUCGGGUCCAUUAUCCGUCGAGUUUUGAACCGUGCAACCCUCAAGAAUUUCUUUGUUAUAAGAGAAUGUAAUUGUCUGAGUUAUCCUUAUGUUUAGUUUAUUAUUAUUACCUGUUAUGUCAACUUAAACCCAUUGGCAACAAGCAGUGAUCUAGCAUUUUCUCUGACCCGGUUUAUGGGGCAUACUUUCCUUUUUAGUCUGUCCCGAAAAGGAUAUCAUGCUUCCUUAUUUAGAAAUCAUUUGACUUAGACUUCCAUUUUACCCUUGAUGAGACAAUUUAUAGCCACACAAAUGUCUAUGUCUUUUCCUAGACCACAAGUUUCAACGGUCUUUUUUUCUUUCUUAACCUCCAUGCCCAAUCAAUGCGAUACCGCCACAUAAAUUAGGAUGAAGGGAGUGUUGGAAAGGUGGGGGACAUUAUGGACAGGCUUAUAGAUUGUAGAAGAGCUGCUUGAGUUGGAAAUUAAAUAAUCAACAGUUUUGUCAUUCUCAACAUCAUGUGAGUAAACUGUGUAAUGCAAAGGACCUCAAUGGAGCUACUGAGCCUGGCAUUUCAAUGGGAUGGGAAAGGAAAAACUGAAAAUACCGAACUCAAUCCCCUCUGCUAUUUCGUGGACCAUUUGGAAGGGAAGGAAUGCCAGAAUUUUUGAAAGCAAAACUGAAUCUGUAAUUAGCAUGAAGUACAGAUGUAUCUCGAUCUAAGUUGCUCG